UGUUUUGUACUUAGGUAGUUGAAUGGAAUCACGUUGGGUAUACGGAUGUGUAGUUGUCAUGCUAUGUCUUGUAGUGUAGAUAUGUGUGUGUGACAGAGAAAUGAAAGUGUAUGGAUGUUUCAAAUGAUGCCCUCGAACACUAACGAUCAUAACCGUACAAAACUGUAUAUGUGGUGCUUCCAAACUGUUAAAUGGGUUCCUGUACUCUUCAUAGUUACGAUCGUCGUGUGGUCGUAUUAUGCAUACGUAAUUCAGCUGUGUAUAUUCACAGUGGUCAACAAUGUAGAGAAAGUGUUUUACCUACUUCUGUUCCAUCUGUUGUUCGCCAUUUUUUGCUGGGCGUACUGGCAGACAAUAUUUACAAAAAUAGGCAAAGUUCCAAGUCAGUUCAAAAUUCCACCUGAAGAACUCCAGAGACUAGAAGAAGCAGGUAAUGUGGAAGCGGAAAAUCAAAUUCUGGAGCAGUUUGCACAGAAUCUACCUGUAACCACACGCACAAUUUCUGGAGAUAUCAGAUACUGUGGAAAAUGUCAGCACAUAAAACCUGACAGAACACAUCACUGUAGUGCAUGUGGUGAAUGUGUUCUAAAAAUGGAUCACCAUUGUCCAUGGGUUAACAACUGUGUGGCAUUUACAAAUUACAAAUUUUUUAUUUUGUUUCUGGGGUAUGCCCUUCUGUACUGCCUCUUCAUCGCAUUUACAUCAUUGCCUUACUUCGUAAGCUUUUGGAAGGAUGAAUUGAAGACUGCUGGAAGAUUUCACAUAUUGUUCCUUUUUUUUGUGGCUGUCAUGUUCGCAGUUAGUCUUGCGUCUUUGUUUUCCUACCAUUGCUACCUUGUUCUGAAGAACAGAUCUACACUCGAGGCCUUUAGACCUCCGGUUUUUCGUACGGGUGCUGACAAAGAUGGGUUCAGCUUGGGGACAUAUAACAACUUCCAGGAAGUUUUUGGAGACAACAGGAAACUCUGGUUCUUACCUGUUUUCACAAGUCUGGGCGAUGGUGUGGUUUUUCCAGUCCGGGCUCAGCACCAACCCAGCUCAUACAACUCGAUGGGCAGUACACAGACCAGGGACACACAGGAUGGAACAGCAUGUCAAGAAGGUUCAGCAUUUUCAGACUCUCAAACAAGCAAUAGAGGGGAUUACCAUGAUCCUCAUCACCACCAUCCAAAACAGCCUCUGUGUGAUCAUACAGCAAAUUGACAUGCAUUCUUUUCAGCAUUUGAUUAAGAAACUUUGUACCACAUAACAAAAGUGCCAAAGGGAAAUUGCAGGCAAGAUAAAAAUAAACUUUAAAACAUAUUUUGAAUAUUUUUUGAGAUCGUCUGUUAAGUUCACAACAGCAGUUCAUUAUAUCUUCUGCUGGACCAUAUUUGCAUGAUUGUGCUGCACUUUGUUAUGCUGUGUGUGUGUGUGUGUGUGUGUGUGUGUGUGUGUGUGUGUGUUCAUGCACACAUAUUCAGCUGUACACUUUUCACAGCCUACGAAGCACUGUUAGCUGUCAUUGUUGAACAUUAAGAUCCAAUAGUACCAUGUAAAUUUUAACUGAAUUUAAUGUCAACAACAGUACAUGUUGUCUUGCCACGGCAUUUGUGCAGAAAUGCUGCAGAAUACUUCAGCUACUCAUAUGUCCUAAAUCCUUAUUUUAUGAAAUAUAUUUGCAGUCCAUAAAAAGGGGUGUGUGGGGGAGGUUGGGGGUGCGUGCAAAUGUGAGCUACAAUUCAGUUGUGUGUGCUGUGAGCAACUUCCUGAAUGAAUGUGUUGUAUGCUAUUGUGCCUUUUCGGUAUAUUAUAAAUUUGUCUUCAGUUCUUCUGCUAACUUUUUUUGUUAAGCACAGUUAAAAUCUUAUUUGCCAGUUUGAUACCUCUCCAUUUUUACAGAGUAGUAUAUCAUGUUAGAUCUCAUAUUUAAUGAAUAAAAUAUUUGACUUUUAUUUUUGUAUCGUAUUAUUUUUGUAAUAAAAAUCCAAUGUUUUGUAAACUUAUAAGGCAAGCUCAGAUUAACAAAAAUUGUUACAGAGCUUAACAUAUAAGAGAUGUACAAAGUCACUCAUACCCAGUAUUGAGACUUAAAUUAUGAAUUAUGCCCUAAAAUUUCUCUGUCUGACAAAGACUGUUCAAUGCCCACAUUAAAAUGAGAUUUCUCCAAAUUAAGCAUCUGUAUCAGCUUUAACCUAUCAUUUGAUUUUAAUCCUUGAUCUUGCAGCUAUAUAUUGUGAUUUGGUAACAAAAUGUAAUAUGUGGAUAAUCUGGCAAAUGUAGAAGUGAAAGUUGUGCAGUUCAGCAGGAACUAUUUGACAUAUAUUCUCGUGAUGGAAGAAAACUUACUUGUUUGUAAGUUGUGAUUGAUUACUCUAAAUAGUACCCUUCUGUUUACACAGAAGUUAUAACUUCCCAGUGAUGCUUGUGCCAUCAUGAAGAUAGUCUUUGAGCUCUACAAUGUGAGAAUAUUGGAAAAUGGCAGUUAUGACUUUUGCAAAAAAUAGAUCAUUGUUGCUUUUUUCAACUGCUUCCUCAUAUCUGGCCUGUGAUAAUGAAUUCGUGUUUCAUCUGCUAUUAUGAAAUAAUUGAGAAACCGGCUGAAAUUAAAUAAAUCCAGACAUUUUUAGUACUGUUCAUUUGCAUGCAUUUUUUUGGUCAGUAGUUAACAAACAUGGAAUCUCUUGAGCAGAAAGGUUUUUAUACCCAAAAAUUUGGAUAGAAUAGGGUAAUCACAGCGUUUCAAUAUCCCUCCAGUGUCAGUGAGCUUGUGUAUCUUCAACUGUUGAUGACUGAGUGCUGCAUUGUGAAUUUCUGCAACAGUCUUGGUGGUCAUGCAGGUUUCUGAAUGUCCCAUGUGCCCGUUAUUCGGCAGUAAGCACAUGACCUCGCUUACAGACUGUAACUCAUUUCUUAACCUUAGCAAAUAAAAGGAAAUAAUCCUUUAAUUACAGGUCUAUGUCCUCUUCUUUUAAUAUUCAGUGGAGUUGAAUCUCUUAAAAUUAAGUACUUUAUCACAGCUCAUAAUUCAAUGUUAUCCAUUUCACAAGAAAGCCUCUUUGUUUCUGAGUAACUAUUGCAAUAUACAUCAGUUUGAACCUGCUCACUGUAUUCACUUCCCCUGUGCAGUGUUUACCCCCCUUCACCACCUCCCUCCUCUUCCCAACAUUACCAGACUGAUUGUUCCUCGACACCUCAGGACAUGAACUAUCAACCAAUAGCUUCAUUUAGUCAAGUUGUACCAUACAUUUAACUUUUUCCUGAAUUUGAUUCAGUACCUCCUCAAUAGUUAUUUGACAUACCUAUCUAAUCUUCCAUCAUUGUUCUGCAGCACCAUAUUUGAGAAACUGCUAUUCUCUUCUUGUCUGAACUGCUUAUUGUUCAGGUUUCACUUCCAUACGUGGCUGCACUUCAGACCAGUGGUAGUAAACCUGGUCUCUACCGCCCACUAGUGGGCGUUCCAGCUUUCAUGGUGGGUGCUAGGCAGCAGGAGUUUUAAAAACAUUUUCAUUAGAUUAUCAAAAAAUUUUGAUGUAAAUUAUUUUGUAAGUAAUUAUUAUUACAUGCUUUAACUUGCUAUCAACUCGGGUUCAUAAAUUUUAUGAAGUAAAGUUACUUCCUUGCUUUACAAAUCACGUUAAUCUGGAACCGGUGGGCGGUUAGAAAAUUUUACUGCUAACACUGAUACAAAAGUGGGCAGUACGUAAAAAAGGUUGACUACCCCUGCUCUAGCAAAUACCUUCAAAAAAGACAACCUGACACUUAAAUUUAUAUUAGAUGUUAAUAAAUUCCUCAUUUACAGAAAUACUUUUCCCUCUGUUGCCAGUCUGUAUGUUAUAUUGUCUCUAAUUUGGCUGUCAUCAGUUAUUUUGCUGCCCAAAUCACAAAACUAAUCUACUACUUCUAAAGUCUCAUUUCCUAACCUAAUUCCUCAGUAUCACCUAAUUCAAGACACUUGCCAUACCAAGUCCUGUGCCAUCUCUGACAGAAUUAUAGUGUCAUUAGAAAACCUCAAAGUUUUUGUUUCUUCUCUCUAAACUUUAAUUCUCUCUCCAAUUUUCUCCUUACCUUCCUUUGUCACUUGCUCAGUGUAUAGACCGAUGCUACCUUCAUAAUUCUAAAGAGUGUGUUGUCAAUAUAGGUUUGCCGUUCCUUAACAUAUCUUCUAAAAUAAGUCAUAGGGUCAGUAUAUCCCUGCAAGUUCAUACAUUUCUCUGGAACACAAAUUGAUCUUCACAGAGGUUAGCUUCAACCUUUUCCAUUCUUCUGUAAAUAACUGAUGUCAAUAGUUUGCAACCAUGACUCAUCAAGCUGAUAGUAUUCACACCAGACAGUACCUACCUUCUUUAGAGUGUGAAUUAUUACUUUCUUCAUGUAAUAUAAUGGUAUUUUUGUCUACCUCAAAUGUCUUGCAAAUCAUGUGAAAUGGUUUCGUCAUGGCUGGUAUCUAAUCAAGGGGCUUCAUUUCCACUUAGAUGUUUCAGUGCUUUGUCAAAUUCUUCUCACAGAAUCAUAUCACACAUCAAAUCUUCAUUUAUUUCCUCUUUAUUUUCUAUGGCAUUCCCUUCAUGUUAAUUUCCCUUGUAUUGCCCUUACUGUAUGUUUCUUGUAACUUUAUCAUCUUUCCUUUCUUUGCUUAAUACUAGCUUUACGUAGGCUCUUCUGUGUAAUGUGUCGUCUCAUUCUGAACUGCCAACAAAUAUUCAUUUAUUCAUACAACUAGAGAUAAACUGAUGCAUCAGAAAAAUGGAUCAUCAGUUAUUAAAAUUAAUUUUUUUUACAGUAUUUAGACACUAGACAUACAUACACACAUACAUACACCACAAUCAUAUGAUGUCAGUACAGUCAUAGUAGCAUUUUCAGUGUACCACUUUUCUGAAUGGUUGUUAGAGAUUGGCUUAUCUAAUUUUCACCAUACCUCAGCUGAAUCCAUUCUGCUUCUGCAGGUUGUACUGAUACACUGAAGUAUUUGUUUAACUUAUUACCCUUAUGUUCACAGUUGUCAUGUUAGGCAUAGAGCAAUGUGAGCACAACAUAAAGAAAAAAGUUAAGUGGAGUCAGAACUCAUGUUAUUAUUAUGUAUCCACAUGGUUAUUUAUGAAGUUUUGCUGCAACAAAGUUUAUUACCACCAUUUACAUCUUCUGAAAUUUCAGAUGUUAUCAAAGGAGAUCUGAAAAUAUAAAUGCCAGGUUUACAGAGUAGAGAGCCUUCAGUGUAUUAGCAGCACAGCGUAAUAAUAUUUAUUAGCAAAUCCAGUUCGGUCACCCCUCUGCUCAGCCCUAUGAUUGUGUACCUUUCAUUACACCACUUCAGUAACUGCUGAUGUGGAUGUUUCUGCUCAGUGAUAGUGCCCACCAUCAGUUGAGUAUCAGAUAUUCAUUUACACCAAAAUAAUGGUAACAUUCCAUCUAUAAUACCACCUGAUGAAAUCAUUUGCUUUAAAGCAUCUAAUUUUAGAGUUCAGAAUGUUCAAAACAAUUCUUGCAUCUGACAGAUAUUAUCGGAAGUAUAUGAAGUGAAUAUGAUGACUCUCUUAACAUGCAAAUUUAUAACAAUGGUAAAUAGGAAAUAGUAGUAGUCAGAAAUGUUCCAAGGGAAAGUCUUGGAUAUCAAUGUUGUAUUGGAGUUCUGAAUAUUGAAUACAUUUAGACCAUAGUGUUUAAUAUACAUGCAUAGUUACAGUAUUCAUCCCAUGGAACAUGACCUUUUUUUAGAUUUUAAAUGAUGCACUUACACUAUACUCAGCAAUAAUAGGAGAAAAGUGAGCAUGUGAAAGUGGUGAACCUUAUUUAAGCAUUGAAAUGAGCUAGGUUACAGCAUGAGCAUAGAUGCACUUCGAUGAAUUAAUGAAAAAGUGUGGUACAUUUUUAUAGGAUGAAUGUGUAUUUUUUAAAGACGUUGAUGAGUGAAAUAUUGUAGAUACUCUUAACUGAAACAAUCAGACCAUUCUAAGUCGUAUUGUUGCUUGGUAUGGCAACAAAAAUCUGAAUGUUUAUUUUUUGUGAAUAAAUGUUUGAGUCAGUGUUUUCAGUUAUGUAAUGAUAAGUCUGCUUUGAUUUUGUUGAUUGUAAGUUGUGAUAGUGA